UGUGAGAGUCUGUUGCUGUGUUGACAGGGUCAGGUAGAACAGGCUACAGAGAGUUCUGAGGCUAUUACUGGAUCACAGCAUGUCGGACACACACACUCACACACACACCUGGAGAUGAGUCUGACUGAGCUCUGCUUAUGAACUGCUGAGAGAAAGAUCACGAGGUCAGGAGCGACACCUGUAAAAAUAUAUAGAGAAACGGCACUAUGGCACCGAUCUACGUCGCUCUGGGGGCCUGGGAGGCAGCAGAGUUACCAGGGGUCGCAGUUUUCUCACUGGUUACGCUCUUCAUCAUCACCAUCACACUCCUCGCUCUGUGCUCAAGAUGUCAGAAGCACUCCUUUGAUCUAGAUCACAGCGCUCCUGAAGACAGGAAUUCAAACCUAGUCCGAGUUGUUCAACUGGAAACCACCAACAUGUCCAUGGAUAACCCCGGUGCUGCUGACAUCACCAGAGAUGAGAAGUAUCUCAGCACAUUCCGUCCGGACGGGGCGGCAAAACCUGCUGCAGCGCGAGACACCGGGACCUGGAGGAGUCAUACACUAGAUCGUGACCCACAGAGGAUGAUAAAUGGUAGUAUAAGACAAGACCUCACCAUCCGUAACCAAAACCCCAACCCAUCAGCAUUUGAGCCUUCAAUCACUGAAACAAGCCAACAAUCUGAGGAUCAGACUGUAUCUACACACACUCCAGAGCCGCACGAGUUCCAAACAAUCUCACUGGAUGAUCAGACUGAUCAGACUGAACCUGAAUCUCCACCACCAUCAUACACCCCCACCCAGCACCUGUAUGAAACUGCAGAAGAACUGAGACGUCCAGGAGUCUCUAUGGAAACUAAACUGAAUCCAUACGCUACAUAUGAGUCCAUCAUGACAAACAGCACAAAUGACACAAAUGAGCCACAAGAGGGCUGGUCAAAUAUGCCGCCACCACCGCCGCCGCUGGCAGAGGAGCUGAAUGAAGGUCCCAGUAGUCCAGUUAUUGACACAUAUGCCAGAGUCAGCAGGAAAAACAUGAAUUUUAACGCACCAGUUGAGCUGACGCUUGAGGAUGAGGCAGAGGAAGCAGAGCCACCUCUACCACAGAGGAGCUAAACAAUAGAGACAUUGUUAUGAGGUGCCACAAGUCUGCUGAGAUGUGUUAAAUCCUAGGGCUGCAAUGCUCAUUGCUAUAUUACACCCUGUAAACAGUCUAUUUUCACACCUUGUGCCCACGAAAGCAUCUAGGAUUAGGAAUAAAUCUACACUGAUGGGUAAAUACAGGUGCGCCACUGAUUGAAAUGAACCCAGAGAAAAAACCCAACUUUUAACUCAACAGAAUAAAGAAUAAAACAGAACAAAACUCAAUAAACAGAAUAAAGAAUAAAAUAA